AUGUCAAAAGUGGAAGCUGUCGCCGGACAUCAGCUGCUCAGCUCGUUCCAGACGUUUCUGUUCGAUGCCGAUGGCGUGCUGUGGCUUGGCGAUACCCCUCUUCCUGGCAAAAGUGUCUUCAUUACGACAAACAAUUCAACAAAAACAUUGGAAGAUUACGUGAAGAAAUGUCGCGAGUUAGGCUUCGAUAUGGUACCCGUUGACCACAUACUGUCACCAGCCAAAGUGUUGGCGUAUCAGUUGUCGAGGGAAAAAUCUGACUUGCCGGUGUAUCUUGUUGGUUCAGCGGGCUUACAGGUCAGUUAUUUUUUUUUCCAGCGAUAUUCCUGA